UAUCUCCCCACCACCAGUGGUUUUCAUAGCUAUCUUCCUCAUUAUUUCUCUACUGUUAAGCACCAUGGCUGACGUCGGCCCUCCCAUUGAGCUCCCCGUGUUGGACAUCUCCAACCCCCUCGAUCCGGAGGCGGGGAAGGCCCUGCUGGACGCCGCCACCAAGUAUGGCUUUUUGUAUGUCGACAGCCGGGGGACUGAUUUUACAGCCACCGAGGUGGAUCGGGCGUUUGAGCUGUCCAAAACCUUCUUCGCCUCUCCGGUCGAAGAAAAAGCCGCUUGUCGGAUUGAGCCAAACAACCGUGGCUGGUCCGGCAUGCACACUGAGACCUUAGACCCGGAGCAUCAGCGGACCGGCGACUUCAAAGAAGCCUUCAACUUCGGCGAAUUCCAAAACUCCAAAGCCCAACAACCCCUCCCUGCAUCCUUGCAACCCCACGAAUCCGAAAUCGCCCAUUUCUCCUCCCUCUGCAACAAGACCUGCUCUCGGAUCUUGACUCUUCUUGCUCUGGGACUGGGUAUUCCCCCCGACUUCUUCACCACCCGACAUGACCCCACCACCGGCCCAACAGGGAGCAUCCUCCGCUACUUAUUCUACCCCUCCCUUCAAUCCCCCAAAACAAGCACCUACAACCACACCCUCGACGUCCGCGCCGGCGCCCACUCCGACUAUGGCUCCAUCACCCUCCUCUUCCAACGCCCGGGCCAACCGGGACUAGAAAUCCUCACUCCGAGUGGAGACUGGGCGCCUGUGCCUGUCAUCCCUACCACCUCUACCACCACCACCACCACCACCGCCCAAGAGGGCGAAACGUACCCCUUCCCCCCCAUCCUCGUCAACAUCGGCGAUCUUCUCAGCUACUGGACCUCCGGAUUGCUGAAGAGUACCGUGCAUAGGGUUGUUUUCCCCGUGUCGGAACAAACAGCGGGAUCAGGGACGGGUCAGGAUCGGUAUAGUAUUGUGUAUUUUUGUCAUCCGAUGGAUAAGACGGAGUUGGUGGCGGUGCCGAGUGCGGUGGUGGAGGAGUUUCGGGAGAGGAUGAAGAGGGUUGGGGAGGAGGAGAGGAGGAGGGUUGGGUUUGGGGGUGGGGCGGGGGUGUUGGAUUUGGAGGGGAAGGAGGGGAAGGUGUUGACGGCGCAUGAGCAUUUGAUGGCGAGGUUGGAUGCUACGUAUGGGUUUCGCAAGUGA